AUGCUCUCUUCACGAACAAUCCUUCUCUCAUUACUCUCCAUUGCAUGCAUAACGACUGUGCUCUACUACACGCUUUUUCCAGAAGGCCACCACAUUCUGCUUGGAAAGCAUUCUCCCGCCGAGUCGGUGAAUAGUAUGGCAGCAGCGUCUGAAGAUGCAUUCUCCAAAGCGGAAAGGUUCACACCAGAGGUCCUUCUUUCAGCUCCACGCAGAGGACCUGCCAUCCCUAAUCCUGCCGGUGAGCUGGCCGUAUACACCGUUUCCACAUACUCCUUUGAAGCCCACAAGAAAACCACCGAAAUACGGACCCUGAAUAUCGGAAAUGGGCAGUCACAGCUUUUGAGCAAUGAAGAGAAGAUUAAAUCUCCGGGAUGGGUCUCAAACAAUGAGAUACUGUGGUUGAAAACUGAUGGUAAUGGCACGACUCUAGUGAUUGGUGACGCUGGCAAAGUCGGCAACACUUACGUUGCAGGGACUGUAUCAGCUCCAGUGUCAGACAUCAAAUUGAAAAUUGUGGACGACCACAGGGUAGCGGUGGCGCUGGUCGCAAAAGCUAAGCCUAAUGGUGAUUUAUUCAGUCCAGAUGAGCAAGUGGAACCCAGAUCAAGUGCAAAGCUGUAUGACCAUGUUUUCGUACGACACUGGGACGAGUACGUCACACCAAAUCGAGAUGCUAUUUGGCAUGGAGUUCUCCAACGCGAGCAAGUUACCAGUAAAUUCAGUCUGGGGGAGCUCACGAAUGUGUUGAAAAACUCGAAGCUGGAGAGUCCAAUCCCGACCUUUGGUGAGCUUGACAAUUUCGAUAUAAGCGUUGCGGCCAUUUGUUUCGUCGCCAAAGACCCGGACCUAAACCCUGCGGUCAAUACGAAAAGCAAUUUUUAUAUUGUUCGUAUUGAAGGUUUUCCGGACAGCUUGACCUAUUCAGCUCCGGUCAAGGUGCAGGUCAAGGGCAUCGAUGGAGCAAGUACCUCCCCUUCAUUUUCCUCCGACGGUGGGCGCGCGGUGUUCUUGCAAAUGAGAGAAAAUGGCUACGAAAGCGACAAGAACCGUCUCUUUGUUGUCAACGUUAAAGACCCUGACAACACCACUGAGCUUUUGAAGACUGAUGAUGGAAAUGGGCUCUGGGACAGGUCACCAGCCUCGGUCACGUUCAGCUCCGACCAACAGACACUUCUUCUGACUGCAGAGGAAAAUGGAGUAGGGAAGCUAUUUAGACUUAGUCUUUUGGCCAAUGAAGACGUGUCUACUCUACCAGAGCCUUUGACUCACAAAGGUCAAGUCAAUGAAUUCAAAAGCCUUGGACAAGCUACUUCCCAACUGCUACUAUCUUGUUCAAAUCUCAUCGAUAACAGCUUCUAUGCAAUUCUCGAUCAUGAAGCACCAAACCCCAAAAUUGAUGUUGUGUCGUCCCUCUCCCACAACGGCUCUUACUUCAGCCUUUCCCAAGACCAGGUCUCCGAAAUAUGGUUUGAGGGAGCAGAAAAUCACAAAGUCCACGCUUGGGUCAUCAAACCGUCUACAUUUGACUCUGAGAAACAGUAUCCGCUUGCGUACCUGAUCCACGGUGGCCCGCAAGGAAGUUGGACGGAGGCGUGGUCAACUCGUUGGAAUCCCGCAGUCUUUGCCGAGCAGGGCUACGUUGUCGUCUCACCGGACCCGACAGGUUCCACAGGCUACGGCCAAAAAUUCACCGAUGACAUCAAGGAACAGUGGGGUGGGCGACCCUACCAAGAUCUUGUGAAAGGCUUUCAGUUCAUCGAAGACCAUUUAGAAUUCGUAGACAUGUCCCGCGCCGUAGCUUUAGGAGCCAGUUAUGGAGGGUAUAUGAUGAAUUGGAUGCAAGGGCAACCUCUAGGCAAGAAGUUCAAAGCAUUGGUUUGCCACGAUGGCUCUCUAGUUCUCCCAGCACAGCUUUCGAGUGACGAACAAUACUUUCCCAACCAUGAUUUAGGUAGCCGUCCGCCAACUAUAGAGCCUCAUGCCUGGGACAAGUGGUCACCACAUCACUACAUCUCGAACUGGACAACGCCAAUGUUGGUCAUACAUAAUGAGCUCGAUUACAGACUGCCUAUAAGUGAAGGCUUGGCUAUGUUCAACAUCCUCCAAGAAAGAGGAGUGCAUUCGAGAUUCCUAUCCUUCCCCAACGAGAAUCACUGGGUGUUGGGCGAAGAGAAUUCACUCGUGUGGCACACUGUUGUGUUGAACUUUAUCAACUCCUUCGUCAGUCUGCCCCCUUACAAAGAUGAAAAGGCAUUAGGAGUCAUAGUCCAAAAUUGA